AUGGCCCCCUGGUGCUACUGCGUCCUCUCUCUCCUGAUCAGGAGUGUCUCUGGGACCCCCUCCAACUUGCCAGGUGAAUCAAGGAACCCUUGGGCCACAGCCCCAAUGGCCUCUGGCGAGGUGGUGGAGACUGCAGGAGGGGUGUGCAAGUUCUCCGGACAGUGGCUGAGCUGGUGGCAGGCCCAAGAGUCCUGUGAGCAGCGGUUUGGCCACCUAGCACUGCAGCCUCCCGAUGGCGCUCUUGCUCCACGGCUACGCGACCCGAUCUGGGUGGGCCAAAGAGACGCUCCUCUGCGGAGACUUCCACAGAGGCGCGCGCGCACCACAGCCGCGCUGGUGUUCGGCGAGAGGACGGCGGACAAGGCGGCGCGGCUGCGGACGCCCCUGCCCGCGCUAGGGGCGCUGACGGCCUGCGCGCACGUGCAGUGGGACGCCGCCUCGCCCGACGCGGCUGCACUCUUCUCCCUCGCGGUGCCCGCGCAGGCCAACGCGCUGCAGCUGCGCGCCUUCGCCGAGCCCAGCGGCGCCGUGCGCGCCGCGCUCGUGGUGCGCGGCCACCACGCGCCCUUCCUCGCCACCUUCCGCGCCGACGGCCGCUGGCACCACGUGUGCGCCACGUGGGAGCAGCGCGGCGGGCGCUGGGCGCUGUUCGCCGACGGGCAGCGGCGCGCCGGGGCGCGAGGGCUGGGCGCGGGCCACUCGGUGCCUCCCGGCGGCAUCCUGGUGCUGGGCCAGGAUCAGGACUCUCUGGGCGGCGGCUUCUCGGCGCGUGACGCCUUCAGCGGCAACCUCACCGACUUCCACCUGUGGGCCCGGGCGCUGAGCCCCGCGCAGGUGCUGCGGGCACGAGCCUGCGCGCCGCCCCCCGGCGGCCUCCUCUUCCGCUGGGACCCGGGCGCUCUGGACGUCACGCCCCCGCUGCUGCCCGCCGUGCGUGUGCGCCUGCUCUGUCCGGUGCCCUCGGAGGAGUGCCCCACGUGGAACCCAGGACCUGGCACCAAGGGCUCUGAGCUCUGCCUGCAGCCUCGGCCUUUCCUCUGCUGCUACCGGCCAGAGACCUACCGGCUGCUACAGGAUGCCCGGUCAUGGCCCGGCCAAGAUGUCAUCAGCCGAGUCAAUGCCUUGGCCAGCACUAUUGUGCUCCUCCCAGAUCCCCUCUCCGAAGCCCAUGGGGUCCUGACCCUGGCCGAGGCCUCCAGAUUCCUGGACAUCCUGGAAAGAGUCCUGGCUGAGGAGGCGGCUCCGCUGGGCCCGGCCGCGCUGCUGGCUGUUGUGCACUUCCUGAAGAGGGUGACAGCCCUCGGGGCUGGGGAGCCAGAGCCCUUGACAGGGCCCUGGGAGCAGCUGGGCCAGAGAGUCAUGUCUGUGGCCAGCCUGGUCCUGGAGGAGCAGGUGGCUGACGCGUGGCUGUCCAUCAGGGAGGUGGUUGGCGGACCUAUGGCCCUAGUGGCCAUCGUGCAGCGCCUGGCACCCCUGCUGAGCACCAUGCUGACCUCAGAGCGGCCCCAAAUACACAUCCAGUGCCGACAUGCCGGCCUGGAGGUACAGAGCCUACGCUUGCGGGAGGCCAGCACGGGGGGCUGCGUAUUCACGAUGCCCGGAGGGCGUCCAGAGGGACCUGGCCACAUCCACAUCCCUGCUAGUGAAGUGACGCGGCUGCUCAGGAAAGGCCUCUCUGGAGUCUCCGUGGUCCACGGCUGGUUCACCUCGAGCAUCUUCCAGCACACCCUGUGGGGGCCUGGCCUAGAGCCCCGGGCCUCUGACAGCUUGGAGGAGGCAGGCAGGGUGCAGAGGCUCCUAAGCACCCAGGUGGGGUCAGCCAUCAUCUCCUCUGAGGUGUGGGAUGUCACUGGGGAGGUCAACACAGCCGUGACCUUUCACCUGCAGCACCAGGCCCAGAGCCCUCUGUUCCCUCCCCCCCCAAGCCCAGACACAGGCGGGGCCUGGGCCACCACCGGCUGCUCCGUGGCCACCCUGUACCAGGACUCAGCCGCCUGCUUCUGCAACCACAGCACCAACUUCGCCGUCCUGUUGCAGGUGUAUGACGUGCAGAGGAGCUCCGAGGAGGAGUCGCUGCUGAGGACUCUCUCGUUUGUGGGCUGUGGCGUGUCCUUCUGUGCCCUGGCCACCACCUUCUUGCUCUUCCUGGCGGCCGGGGUCCCCAAGUCGGAGAGAACGACAGUCCACAAGAACCUCACCUUCUCCCUGGCCUCUGCUGAGGGCUUCCUCAUGGCCAGCGAGUGGGCAAAGGCCAACAAGGUGGCAUGUGUGGCUGUCACAGCUGCAAUGCACCUCCUCUUUUUGGUUGCGUUCUCCUGGAUGCUGGUGGAGGGACUACUGCUGUGGAACAAGGUGGUGGCCGUGAGCAUGCGCCCCGGCCCAAGGAUGAGGCUCUACUAUGCUGCAGGCUGGGGCGUGCCUGUGGGCAUCGUGGCCAUCACCCUGGCCGCGUUCCCCCACGACUACGUGGCCCCUGGACACUGCUGGCUCAAUGUGCACACGGACGCCAUCUGGGCCUUCGUGGGGCCUGUGCUCUUCGUGCUGACUGCCAACACCUGCAUCCUGGUCCGCGUGGUGACGGUCACCGUGUCCAGCGCCCGCCGCCGUGCCCGCAUGCUGAGCCCGCAGCCCUGCCUGCAGCGGCAGGUCAGGAUGCAGCUAUGGGCCACCGUGAAGCCCGUGCUGGUUCUGCUGCCUGUCCUGGGCCUGACCUGGCUGGUCGGCCUCCUGGUGCACCGCGGCCCAGCCUGGGCCUGUGCCGCCGUGGGCCUCAACGCCUUCCAGGGGCCAUACAUCUUCCUGGUCUACGCAGCCUACAAUGGGGAGGUGCGGAGCGCCCUGCAGAGGAUGACUGAGAAGAAGGCGGCCGAGGUGCUCUUGGGGCGGUGGGGCGGGAGGCCCAGACACCACAGGUCGGGGUGCGAGCACCAAAGCCCUGUCCUUUCAGACCCGCUGCAGCCCCACCUGCCGGGGGGCCAGCCCUCGGCACCCAUGUCCCUGGGAGGGACCCGCGGCCCCAGAAUCCCCACGGCCUUCUCCUCCAUCGCAGAACCCGAGAGACCGGCUGUGGAGCUGACGGCGUUCAAAGCUUCAGGUAUAGCUCCCAUCUCGGGGGCCUCCCCUAUCCCCUUCGGGCCUGGACAGCCCCUCAGCCCCGCUGCACCAGGAUGGAAGCGAUUUGCAAAGCGCCCACACCCAGCCUCCCUCCCCCAACUCUGCUCUUUGCUGGUGCCCAAAAUCCUCCAUCAACACACUGUGGGCCUUGGAAGGGGGCCAGCUGGCCCUCGCUCCGGCCGGCGUCUCAGUCCCUCGGAGGCGCCGCUUCCCGGGCCGGGCGCCCCCUGCAGGCCGUGGGGCGUGGGCGCUGCCCGGGCGCUGAGCCGCCCCGCCCGCCCCCGGCCCCGCCCCGCCCCCAGCCCGCGGCGUCGCGGCUGCGGGAACGAGCGCCUGCAGCGGCGCCUCUGCGCUCAAGUGACAGCGCCUUUGUCUCCGCUGAAUGGGUGGCCUGAGCAAGAAGUUCGGGGAGUGGGGGCUGCCAGCUGUGUCCCUCAGGGAGUGUGGGCCCCAGCCCUGGUGCUCCCGCGGGCCCUACGGCUGUGUCCCCUGCGCUUUAUGUCUGUCUGUGAUUGUUCCUUCCACCUGCCCAGAAGUUCUGAUGUGCUCUGUGGCAUCUGCGGCAAUAAACGGUACUGUUGA